AAAAAAUUAAUUAUUUGACAAAAUAUUGUUAAAUUUUUGAGCAUGGGACUGUUAUAAAAAAAAUUUGAAGAAUGAAUUGGAUUCUAAAACUCUUAAUCUAGCCAGCCUUGUAGCUCGUGAAAUUCUCUGUCAGGUGUGGUAUAGCUGAAAUUCUUUUGUUGAGUCCUUAUUCUACAAAUGGGACUGUAAGCUAGUAGAGUAGGCUAAAUUAACCUUAAUUAGCGCUAAUUAGUCAAUAACAGGAAGGAAGAACAAAACUUUUUACAUAUUUUCUCGUAGUAAAUAUUCUCCACACAUUUUUCUAUCGAUCUAGAUAAGAACCAAGUCUUUAUGAUGAAUGGAGAAUGGACAGGAAUUCUUUUAAUAAUAGUCCCUUGUUGAAAAACUUACCAAUAUUUUUUAAAGUAAUUAAUUUUUUUCUUAGCCAAAUAAUGUUAGUAAGCCGAGAAAAUUUCAGGACAUAUACUCUGAAGUAUCCUCUACAAACUGGGAACGUUGGGCGAAAAUCUAAAUGCCGCCCCUCCCCCCGUUAAUUUUUCUGAUAUCAUCCCAAUCAAUGAUUUUGCUAUGAUAUUCGUUGUUUUCGGCUUUUCUCUCUAAGCCACGCCUAAUCCUAGUACAUAUGGUGUUGAAUAGAACAAUGUUUGAACUAUUCACACACAUAUUUGGCGUUAGUUGCGUCCUUAUCAUAAACAAGGAAAAAGAAAUACCCCUAAAUUCGAUAUUUUGAAGAACACGUAUCUCCGUUCCUGAGACAACGUAUAACAUUACCUCAAAAGUAUUUUUUACUCUAGGCCCCCAUCCGUUGUAGAAGACUAUCCUUUAAUAAAAGACUGUUCCAUAUUAGAAGACCAGUCUAAGACUUGUGAGUUGCAAGCCGAAAUAGAGGACCAUGGUCUUUUGUUUCUGCUAUAUUUUCAUGAAAGAAAUAAUUAUAUUAGAAAAGAAAAAUGCUAGUAAUUCCUUACAUGCACUUAACAUUAAACUAAGAUGUUAAGUGCAUGUAAGUAAUUAUUAACAUCUUUCUUUUCUAGUUUAUUCAUCAGUUAGGAUUCUCGUUAAGUAAUCUUAAUUUCUAGAAUAAUUAUAUAUUUCGAACAAGUUUUUAUUUUAAACGAGUUUUUUUGAUUUGCGUAUCAUGAUCGUGUAUUUGAAACGAGUAUAACGAAUGUCAGCAAGAAUUAUUUGUUAAAUAUAACUUACGAGCACAAAAAUCAUAUAUAUCAUUCGAAUCAGGCCCUAAAAGAUACUACUAUAUUGUAUUUGUAUGUUAUAGUCGAUAUUCGGUUGCCAUCUCGAGUCGUCGAACAGCUGAAAUUCAGUUAAAUGGCAUUCUUAAUGAUCCUGAAAAUUUUCACCGUCGUCACUCAACAAUACCGACCGUCGAAUAUACAAUCAAACGUGUGGCAGAACUGCUUAAUACAUGUCCAUUUAUUGUUGAACGUCUUUUAUUUGCCAUGAAGUAUCGAGCUGUUACUACAUUAAGCAUAGAUGAUCUACAAAAAAUUACACGCGUACUCAACAGCACCUUUGAUACUCGAACGCUCGUCUUUUUCAUUAUGUUAGACAGUAAUGACGAUAAAUUCAUAAGUGGUCGCGAAUUGCAAAAGUUCUAUGAACAGUAUUUAUCAGAAAUUAAAUCAUUGUCAGUAGAAAAACGAGAUGAAGUAAUUAAGACUCUACAAAGAAAACUUGGUAUAUCUAAGCCUAAUGCAAAAAUUAAUUUUGAAGAGUUCCAUACGAUUAUUUCCGAAGAUCCAAAUUUAGUAGAAUCACUUAGUAAAUUUACUGUACAACCUUUAUGGUAUCUAUCCACAAACACAGAUGGGCAACCCAAGAAAGCAAAUGAAUUUUUAAGAAAACUAAUUCCGGUUGAUGAUCAUAUCGAUUAUCAUCAAACCGUUGGACGAAUAAUAGGUGUUUUGUCAAUUGUACAUACAAUUGCACAUUUUAUCAAUUUUGGAGUAGAAGGCAAAAUGUCAUGGCCAAAGUAUAUAUUUACACUGGCUGCUAAGUCUGGUUGGGUACAUGGUUUUGCUCCAUUGUCGGGCGUACUGCUUUGUGUUAUAUUAGCCGUGAUCGUCAUAUGUUCAAUGUCAUAUGUUCGACGUGGUGGUCAUUUUCAGGUGUUUUACUGGACACAUCUCCUCUAUGCACCAUUUUUCAUUCUACUCAUUCUUCACGCUGAAAAUUUUUGGAAAUGGAUUAUUGCACCAUUGACGGUAUUUUUAUUUGAAAAAGUUUAUUCACUAAUAGCUCGUUUUUCAGCGGCACGUGGACGAACAUCAUUGAAAUCUGUUACUAUUGAACAUUCAAAUGUUGUAUCAUUAAAUAUUCAUCGACCAAAAAGCUUUGAUUUUAGACCAGGUGAUUAUGUUCUAAUUAACAUUCCAAAAGUUGCUUAUUACGAAUGGCAUCCAUUCACCAUCAGUAGUGCACCAGAAGAAGGUAACAUUAUACAAGUACACAUAUCAGCAGUGGGAAAUUGGACCAAACAAGUUUAUAAUCGUUAUAAGGAGAUGAGCCAAACAGAUCAUGAUGUCCAUGUACCAGUUCAUCGCGCUGAUGUCCAACCGGUGCCAUUCGGGCUUACAAUACAAGAAGAAGAUCCAUUAAAUGAUACUACUGUUGAUUCAGUAUCCAUUCAAUUAGACUCCCCACAAUUAACUACUGAAAAACGUCAAUCAGUAGAUUCAGAGAAAACAACAGAAACAGAGGCAACAGAGGAAUCACAGGCAACAUCAAGACAAGAAUUAAUAUUUAUUAACGGCCCAUAUUCGUCGUGCGCACGAUACAUUUUUGAUUGUAAACACGUUGUGCUUAUAGGAGCGGGAAUUGGCAUAACACCCUAUGCGAGUAUAUUAUCAAGUUUAAUGGCUCAAUUUCGUGCUAGCCGAUUUGAAUGUAAAAAAUGUUCGCACAUUAAUUAUAACAUGGAUAGAAUACAAGCUCAUCGAUUAAAAAAAGUUGAUUUCAUCUGGGUUAAUCGUGAUAUUAAAAAUUUUGAAUGGUUUUUAAGUUUAUUACGCAGUUUUGAACUAGAACAAGAAUCGUAUCUUGUACACAAUCCAGAUGAACCGGCUCCAAAUCGUUUUCUCGAUAUGCAUCUCUAUUUUACUGCUCUACGAAAUGAAGGAAAUAUUGGUAGUGCUCCCUUUGAUCUAGUGACUAGAGUCUAUCAAGAUAUGUGUGAUCAAGAUAUAUUCACAAAUUUGAAAGUUCAAACAUAUACUGGACGACCAAAAUGGGAUGAUAUCUUUAAGAAAUUAAAAAGACAAUCGAGCAAUAAAAAUGAUGUAAACGUGUUCUUUUGUGGACCAGCAACAAUGGCAGCUGGCAUUAAACAAUAUUGUCAGCAAUAUAAAUUUCGAUUUUACGAGGAAAAGUUUUAG